AUGAGGGGUAUUUGCUUUGAAGUCUGUGAUGUGGUUCUUCAUGCUGAUGCCAUCCACAGAGGAGGUGGUCAGGUUAUUCCCACUGCUAGAAGGCUCAUCUAUGCUUCCCAGCUCACUGCCAAGCCAAGGCUCCUUGAACCUGUAUAUCUUGUUGAAAUCCAAGCUCCAGAGCAGACUCUUAGUGGUAUCUACGGUGUUCUUAAUCAGAAACGUGGGCACUUGUUUCAGGAAAUGCAGAGGCCUGCUGGAUCCCAAGCUUCACAGCUUGUGACAGAUAUCCGUAAGAGGAAGGGUUUGAAGGAGCAAAUGACCCCACUAUCCGAGUUUGAGGAGAAAUUGUGA